UCUACUCCCUCCCCCACGCAGCCUCAGCACCGUACUCAGUUACAUUGCACCCAGCUGAACGAGAGGUAACGACACUCUUUUCAGAAUUAAAAAAGAAAAAAAUGUGUCUAGUUUUCGGUAUGAACAUAUUUUGUAUUUUUGUUUUGGAUUAAUGCGUUACGCAAUGGAUAACUAUCGGCUUUUCAACAACCUCAAUGUGAUAUAAUUCUAACGGACCGGGGAUGACAAAGACAAUAGGAUACCGAGACUGGAGAUGGCUUGUGCUCUGGUGGCAUCAUUUCUUUCUCUUGUGGAGUACAAUAAACGCACAGACUGGUUACAGCAUCCCGGAGGAACUGAAACAGGGCUCUGUGGUAGGAAAUCUAGCCAAAGAUCUGGCUUUGGGACUAUCAGACAUUUUUGACCGUAAGCUGCGUGUCGCCUCUGAGGCUGGUAAGCAGUAUUUCAGCGUCGAUGCGGGGAAAGGCGAGCUGGUGGUGAAUGACAGAAUAGACAGAGAGACUAUAUGUGGACAAAGCGCCCGCUGUGUUCUACCACUGCAGGUCGUCAUCGAUAAACCGUUACAAUUGCACCGGGUUGAGGUGGAAAUACAAGAUAUCAAUGAUAAUUCUCCAAGAUUCCCCUCGCAAGACAUAACAUUACAAAUAGCAGAGUCGACAGCGGCAGGGGCACGUUUUCCUUUGGAGGCAGCGCAAGAUCUUGAUGUCGGAGUGAAUUCAGUGCGGUCCUAUACUUUGAGUAAAGACGAUUUUUUCAGUUUAAAGAUUAAAGAUUUGUCGGGUGGGAGGAAAGUCCCAGAGCUAGUCUUGUCUAAAUCUCUAGACAGAGAAAAGAAGCCUGUUCAUCUGCUUCAACUAACAGCUAUAGACGGGGGGAACCCAGUGAAAUCUGGGACCUCGCUGAUAACCAUAAAUGUGCUUGAUAAUAACGAUAAUUUUCCUGUAUUUGAGAACAAUGUUUACAAAGUCUCUAUUAGCGAAAAUAGUGUACAAGGUGCAUGCAUCCUUAAACUGACAGCAAAAGAUAUUGACGAGGGUCCUAAUGGGGAAAUAGAGUACUCUUUUGGAACUCACACACCAGAUACUGUACUAUCGAUGUUUGAUGUUGAUUCGUUAACUGGGGAAAUACGUCUUAAAGGGAAACUAGAUUUUGAAACAAAUGCAAAUUAUGAAAUAGACAUUAGCGCACGAGACAGAGGGACUCCGUUAAUGGAGGGACAUUGUACUGCUCAUAUUGAAGUAUUGGAUGUUAACGAUAAUGCUCCACAUAUAUUUCUGACCUCCAAACCAAACUCUGUGCCUGAGGAUGCACCAAGGGGUACUGUGGUAGCUUUAAUCAGUGCCCGAGACCUCGACUCCGGUGACAACGGUAAAGUUACAUUACAGCUACCCAGGAGUUCUCCUUUUAAUCUGAAACCCUCCUUUUCUGAUAAUUACGCGCUGGUUACCGGCACUGCUUUAGACCGAGAGAGUUUCUCAGACUAUAACAUUGAGAUAACAGCCACUGAUUCAGGCUCGCCUCCUCUGUCGACAAAGAAGACUAUAAAUGUAAAUGUUACUGAUGUGAAUGACAACCCCCCUGUAUUCACGCAGCCCUCCUAUAAUGUGUAUUUAAAAGAGAACGGGGUACCAGGCUCUAUACUGUACUCAGUUUCAGCAUCUGAUCUGGAUUUUGGUGAAAACGCCAAAAUCUCUUAUUCCAUCUUGGACUCUAAAGUGCAGGACGUUUCUGUCUCAUCGUAUGUUUACAUUAACUCAGAUAACGGCAGCAUCUACAGCAUGCACUCGUUUGACUAUGAGAAACUGAAGGUGUUUCAGAUUCAGGUCCAGGCAAAGGAUCAGGGCUCUCCGUCUCUCAGCAGCAACACCACUGUCCAUGUUUUUAUCCUGGACCAGAACGACAACGCCCCCGCUGUUAUUUACCCCUCCUCCGCUGCCCUGGGCUCCCUCUCCCAUCAGAGGAUGCCCCGCUCCGCUAAAGCGGGACACCUGGUUACUAAGCUGACGGCCGUGGACGCUGACUCGGGCCAUAACGCCUGGAUCUCCUACAAACUAACGGAGGCCACAGACGCCUCUCUGUUCACGGUCAAUCUGUACACAGGGGAGGUGAGGACUAAACGCGCUGUGUCCGAGCAGGACGACUCCUCUCAGAGGCUGCUUAUAGAGAUCAAGGACGACGGGGAACCGGUCCAGUCCGCCACAGUCACGGUGUCCAUCCUGCUGGAGGACGGCCUCCAGGAGCCUAUCUUAGACCUUCGACAGAAAGUGUCCGAGCCCAGCAAGAAAACUGGUAGAAUCACUCUGUAUUUGAUUCUCUCUCUGGCCUCGGUGUCCGUGCUGUCUCUGGUGACGUUUCUCAUCUUAGCGGUUAAAUGCAUGAGGAGCAGCAGAAGCAGCGACAGUUGCUGCAUGACACGGAGCGACUGUGAUAAUUACAAGAACCCCAACAGAAACCUGCAGAUUCAGCUCAACACGGAUGGACCUAUCAAGUACGUGGAGGUCCUGGGAGGAGACAUGUUGUCUCAGAGUCAGUCCUUCAGGUCCUGUAUGUCUCCAAUGUCAGAGUACAGUGAUUUCACUUUGAUUAAACCCAGCAGCACCACUGACUUUAAGGAGGUGAUCAGUGUUCUGGAUGCGUCUCUACCCGACAGCACCUGGACCUUUGAGAGCCAGCAGGUGAGCAGAUGACAGACCAGCUUAUACAGGUGUUCAGUCAUUCUUAGCCUGAAUGAGCUUUGAUCAUUAUUUGGACGGUUUAGCAUUUUUUAUUAUUUAUGUAAAAAGAAAAUAAAGAAGUUUUUUUUUAAAGUGAAUGUUUUGAAGCGAAUCAGAGCACUACAAA